AUGCGCACCUACGUCGAAGAUUUUGCUCGAUGCAAUGACACGACGAAAGGUGAACCUACUGAAGAAGAACUACAAGAACUUAUUGAGAGUUAUGCAGCAUUAUUAAGGGCAAAUGGAGAGUAUCAGGAGGAUAGUAGACCUCAACGCAAAAAGCAAAAGACGUCGGCGGCCACAACAACGGUACAUCAAUUACAUUACACUAGUCAAAGUCCUGCAACACCUCAUGUGACCAGUAUCCGCAGUAAACAGAAUACAAGUGGAGCUGUCAGUGCUGGAAUGAAAGACAAAUCGACAAUACCCGUGGUGUCAAAAGCUUCCAGUGCAGGAAGUGCAUUGUCAAGAAAAAAGUCAGUUGCCGAUACUACUGUGGCGAUGCCACAGGUUGCCACAGAUCAGAAUAACGACUGCAAGUACGAGUGGUUCCACUUCAGCUGCGUGGGGCUCACGGACCAACCGGCAGGCAAAUGGUAUUGUCACGAUUGUAAGACUCAGCUGGGGAUCAAGUAA